AUGCAAGUAGCAAUGGCAGGAGAAGCGGAGAAGCUGGAUAUUAUGAUGGAAAGAGGUGUCAUGACUAGAGGCCUGGUGGAGUUGAUUAAACCUGCUGUUGAUGAAAUAGAUGGAAGUGUCGUGUGUGUUAGGCAAAGCCAGUUGGAUCUCAGACACAAAAUUGACAGUCUCUAUGAAGAUCUGAAGAAAAUUGUGGAAAGUGAUACUGUACCUAUAGACCUGGAGCCUUACGUAAAGAAACUGAAUAACUCAAGAAGACGUGUGAUGUUGGUUAGCAGUAUCUUACAAAAUGUGCAGGGUCGUCUGAACAAGCUGCAACAAAAUAUCUCAAAAGAAACGGCAAAAAGGAAAUCUAUGCUAGACCCAGUAUCUCCUGCACACCAGAAGUAA